UAAUAUCAAGUAAUAGUUUCAUCGUACCAUCACCUCAUGUGUAAUCUCAGUUUUAAACUGGCCCAGCGUGAAAACCGGGCAAAAUCCUGACACUGCGUUAAAAAGAUGGGAUUGGUAAAAUCGAGAGUUGUCACAAAAAUGGAGCACGCCUUAAAUGCCCUGGGUACAUGUGGUGUUUUAAAUAUGUUUUAUCUCGGACCAUUUGAGAGCGUUUUACUCACUGUGGUUCUUUUACUCUCACCACUCUGGCCUCUCAUGAUCUUAUACCUCCUAUGGAUUUACUAUGACAGAGAAACACCCCAAAAGGAUGGAAGGAGGGUAAAAUGGAUCAGACAGUUGCCAAUGUUCCAGAGGUUCAGAAAUUACUUUCCUCAAAAGAUUAUCAAAACGGCUGAUCUGUCGCCAGAGGAGAAUCACAUGCUAUGUGUAUUCCCUCAUGGUAUUCUUUGCACAGGAGCUUUAUCACAGUUCACAAGUGAAAAUCCCGCUUUUGAAAGCCUAUUCCCAGGUAUAGAAAUUAGCUGCCAUACUCUAAACUCUAAUUUUUGGUUUCCAUUUUCAAGGGAGUAUGUCAUGGCAAUCGGCUUGACUGCUGUGUCUAAAGAAGCGCUUGUUUACCAAUUGAGCAAGCCGAAAGGGCGUGGUGUAGCUUUGGUUGUUGGUGGGUCUGCUGAAGCCAUGAUAAGCAGUCCUGGGACCCACCGAAUAAUUCUUAAGAACAGAAAAGGCUUUGUAAAACUUGCAAUCACAACUGGAACUAAUUUGGUGCCGAUAUACAUCUUUGGUGAGACAGAUCUGUACACAAAUUACAUGUUCCCUGAAAAUUCGAUCAUCUACAAAGCACAAGAAGCUUUCAGAAAAUUCACAGGUGUCGCACCUGUGUUGGUAAACGGUGGAGGCAUUUUCCAGCCCUAUUUUGGUCUCUUGCCCCGUCCUUAUCCAGUCUUUAUGGUUGUCGGAAAGCCCAUUCAUGUAGAGAAGAAGGAAAACCCUUCAAGGGAAGAUGUGAACAACCUGCACAAUGUGUUCAUUCAGGAAUUAGUCAAUUUGUUCGAGGAGCAGAAGUACAAAUAUUUAGCCAAGCCAGAGAGUGCUCAUCUUAGUAUUGAAGUCAUUUAUUCUGAAGGCAGAUUGCCUCAGUUUACACCAAGAGAUAAGGGCUGUAAGAGUCUGUUUAGUAGAACAGUGAUCAGAGAAUUCUUCUAUCUUAUAAUCUUGUUUACAGUCAAGCAACAACAACUUCUCAAUACAUAUCAGUGUUCGACAUAUCCGCUGGUUAGGUAUAUCAAAUAUUUACACAUUGGGAUUCCUCCACCCAACCCAAUACAAUUCCAAAUAUCCAUUUUCCAUUUUUAUGUUAAGCGGAAAAUGGAGGUUUUUGGAAUAAAGUUUGCACCUUUAAAUGUACCUUUAAAAAGGCGUGUUGAAACUAUGUGUGCCCUCUUAUGGAUUUGUACCCUUACACUAGGGACAUUUAUAGGCUUCGGGGCAAUGGCCUAUUUGAUUUUUUUUACAAGAUAUUAUGUGUUGGCGAUGAUGUACAUAUUCUGGAUAUUUGUGGACAGUGAGACAUGCCACAAUGGUGGAAGGAGAUCAAAUUUUUGUAGAAAGUGGAAGUGCUGGAAGCAUUUCUGCGAAUUUUUCCCUCUAAAGCUUGUUUAUAAAUGUGACCUUCCGAAUGACAAAAAUUAUCUUUUUUGUGUGUACCCUCAUGGGAUUUUGUCAGCUGGAGCUUUCGGUCAUUUUGCCACAGAUACAUCAGAAUUUUCCAGUUUUUUUCCUAAACUGAAGACCCACCUGGCAACUCUGGAUAUGCACUUCAAUGUCCCGUUUUUCAGAGAACUUAUCCUUGGUUUGGGGUUUGUGCCAGCUUCAAAGGAGUCGAUUAAAAACGUAUUAAGUUCAGAGAAAAAAGGAAAUGUCCUAGCACUAAUUGUUGGAGGUGCUUCUGAAGCAUUCAAUGCAGUACCAGGCACUUAUAGAAUAAUACUAAAAAAAAGAAAAGGGUUUAUAAAAAUGGCCUUAAAAACUGGAGCCCCUUUGGUUCCUGUAUUUUCUUUCGGCGAGACUGACAUAUACGACCAAGUCCCAAAUCCACCAGGGUCUACCAUCAGGGCAAUUCAAAGUUGGUUAAAAAGUAUCACCGGUAUCGCUCCAUGCAUACCGAUCGGAAGAGGGAUCCUCCAGUACUCCUUUGGUCUAAUUCCGAGAAGAUGUCCAGUCACCACAGUCAUUGGUGAACCAAUUGAAGUACCUCAUAAUGUGUUUCCUGAACAAGAACUUAUAGACAAAUACCAUGAUAUCUACACAAAAUGCCUUAUUGCAUUAUUUGAAGAGUACAAGCAUAAGUACAUAAAAAGUCCAGAAAAUACCCACCUGAUUAUUGAAUAGACUGCAAAAAAUUAACAUUAGAAGUAGUAAAUGAUUGAAAUUUUAUAUAUUUAUGUAAUAAAAUAAAUAUAUUAAAUAU